CAGGAAGCAUCGAAGAAGCAACGAGCAGGAAGCCGGAAGUAUCUGAUAAACAACUGUUAUAAGUGGCAAACAGUGAAGUUUUAUUAUUGUUAUUGUUAGAAUUAUUAACAUUAACAAGUUACUGAAAUCGUCUCCUACUUCGUGUGCGGUUUUUUUUCCCCCCACCCGUGUUAGCACAGUGAUCAAAUGAAGGCUAUGUUGCAGCUUGUGCACAGACUGAGCGCUCACCCGGACUCACGGUGCUGGUAUGUGUCGUGGAGCCCCACAGGAGCACUGCUGGCUUCCUGCGGAGGAGACCGAUCUAUACGGAUAUGGGGCAAAGAAGGAGACAUUUGGCAGUGUAAGAGUGUGUUAUCAGAUGGACACCAGAGAACUGUCAGGAAGGUCUCCUGGUCGCCCUGUGGGAAUUAUCUUGCAUCUGCCAGCUUUGAUGCCACCACAUGUAUCUGGAAAAAAAAGGAUGACGAAUUUCAGUGCCUUACGGUGUUAGAGGGACACGAAAAUGAGGUGAAGUGUGUCGCGUGGGCCCCAUCUGGUAACUUACUAGCCACCUGCAGCAGAGACAAGAGCGUUUGGAUAUGGGAAGUGGACGAGGAGGAUGAGUAUGAGUGUGUGAGUGUCGUAAAUUCUCACACACAGGAUGUGAAACAUGUAGUUUGGCAUCCCACACAAGAGCUACUCGCUUCAGCCAGUUAUGACAACAAAGUGUGUAUUUAUAAAGAAGAGGAUGAUGACUGGGAAUGCCGGGCAACCUUAGAGGGACAUACAUCAACAGUGUGGAGUCUUUCCUUUGACCCUGAGGGACAGCGACUGGCUUCCUGUAGUGAUGACCGCACUGUAAAAAUAUGGAAGGAUUGUGGGGCAGGUGAUGAAUCCGUCGAUGGUUCAUGGAAGUGUAUUUGCACCUUGUCUGGCUUUCACAGCCGUACAGUAUAUGAUGUCGCAUGGUGUCGUCUGACUGGUGCACUGGCUACAGCUUGUGGAGAUGAUGGAGUUCGUGUUUUUAAGGAGGAAGCAGCCUCUGAUCCUGAGCAGCCUGUGUUUUAUGUAUCUGCUCAUAUGCCCAAAGCCCAUAGCCAAGAUGUUAACUGUGUGGCCUGGAAUCCAAAGGAAGCAGGUUUGCUGGCCACAUGCAGUGACAAUGGAGAAAUUGCUAUUUGGAACUACCAUUCAGAUGCUUAACAUGA